AAGAAUGGCUCUGCUUAAAUUGUCAGACUCAGAGGUUGAUGUCUGGAGGCUUGGGAGACGCACCACUUCCCGUCCCUCAACCGUCUCCACAGCAACCCCAGCCACCGGCCAAUCAGCAGCAAGCAUCGCAGCAGAAGGAGACAUGUCAACAGUCUGAACCAAAGCCUACAAGCCAGAAGUCAGAACAGAAACCUUCUGGGACUGAAACAAGCGGACAGCCGGACAAACUUAAGAAGGAACCUGAAAUCCAACCAUCUCCAGCCAAGCCUGAUACCUCCACUGGAACAACAGAUGGCAAGAAAGAGGAAGAAGCUCAAAGUCUGAAAAAUGAUAAUGAGACAAAGUCCAGCACUCAGAGCCUAAGUGAUACGGGAUAUUCCUCUGACGGUGUGUCCAGCUCACAGAGUGAGAUCACAGGGCUAAUACAAGAAGAUGCGAAUAAACCCCCCAAUGCUUCUGAGAUCACUAAGCCAGAGACCAGCGCGCACCAUUGUGAAGCUAAAGAAGAUGAUGAUAAGAAGCAGCGCCCAUGUUCCUUAUCUAUCAGCAACGAGGGACAUGAAGAGCAACUAGAUGGAGUCAGGGAGGAGGAUUAUAAGAAACCACAGAAAGACACAACAGAUGAAGAGUUUAUGAGAAGCAAGACUGCAGAAAUGAGUGUGGACAGGGAAGACAACCAGAUGACUUCACAAGGAGGCCUGCGCCGAUUCAAGACUAUUGAACUGAACAAUACAAAUACCUACAAUAGUGAUAUAGAGCUCAGGAACAACAGAGAACCAGAGCUUGAAAUGGAGACUCUGACUGGUUCUCCUGAUGAACGUUCAAGGGGAGAAUAUUCAUCAACCCUCUCUGCAACCACAUCCAGCUACACUUCUGCAAUUUCUCCAACUUCUGUCUCAUCUAUGGAGGAAGACAGUGACAGCAGUCCCAGUCGCAAACAGAGGCUUGAGGAUGCCAAACAACAGCGUAAAGCUCGGCAUCGCUCCCACGGACCACUCUUGCCCACUAUUGAGGACUCUUCUGAAGAAGAUGAGUUGAGAGAAGAGGAGGAACUUCUCAGAGAACAGGAAAUGAUGAGAGAAGUGGAACAGCAAGGUAUUCGAAGCACUGCCAGAAAAACAAAAAGGGACAAAGAGGAGUUGAGAGCUCAGAGACGCAGGGAGAGGUCAAAAACACCACCCAGUAACCUGUCCCCAAUUGAGGAUGCAUCUCCUACGGAGGAGCUCCGGCAGGCAGCGGAAAUGGAGGAACUUCACCGGUCAUCUUGCUCAGAAUAUUCUCCAUCUAUUGACUCCGAGGCUGAGGGGUUUGAAAUGAUGACGUCAAAGUCACGCAAGACUGCAAAUGAACAUAAUCUUCCAACUUUUAUGUCACUGUACUCCCCUACUGAAAAACUAACUAGCACAUCACCUUGUUCUGCUGAUAAAACACCAAAAAGUGCAGAAGUGGCCUAUGAGGAAAUGAUAAGGAAGGCUGAGACGUUGCAGAAGAGUCAAGGAGAGCAACUGCUAAAUAAUUCUAAGGAAAUUGAAAAACAGCUAUUAGAUGCUAGGUUAACAGCUGCUAAAUUACUGGAGCAAAAUAGAGCUCCUCUGACCCCUGGGACUAGUCCUACGCAAAUUUCAGCCCCAAUCUCUCUUCCUGAUGUUCAUGCUCCUUCCCAAAUAGCAAACAGAAGCAUUUCCAGACAACAGUCCUUGCAAGAAUCUGGCAGCCCUAGUAAGCUGAUGACCAUCAACUCCUCCACAUCUCCACUUUCCUCACCAACAAGACUAAGUCGUCAGUCAACAAUUCAUAGUUAUACACCUGAAUCUAGUUCUCCAACCUCCACACAGCGCCAAUCUCUAUAUCAAUCUCCUCAACACAGCUUUUCUAAAGACAGACUUCCUAACAGCACAGGAAGAAUGGAAGAGGAAAUGGAAAAUAUAUCCCUCUGCAGACUUUCAACUGUUCCUGGAACAUCCAGGGUUGCUGAGCAAGGCAAGAUUCAACAAAGCAGUAGUAUUGUUGAUCUCAGAGCACCAAUAAAGCCAGCCCCACUCAUUAUGACAGAGCAGGGCAUGGAUUUAACGUCUGUAGCUACAGAAAUACGUAGGUACUCCAUUGGCAGUGAGGGGAGUUAUAGCCGACAUUCUACAGCUGUUCAGCCUCUUAUCAUGAAUCUGAACACUCAUGAACAUCCACGUGUGGCUGCCUCAACACCAACAACAGUCAAUGUCACUGUAGCAGCCUCUAAGUUUAUAUCCCAGCCAAAAAAACCUGUGAUUUAUGGUGACCCUCUGCAGAACAAAGUGGACCUUGGUCAAGGGUUAGGAUCUGCAGUGUGCCUGACUCAAAGCAAAGUGUCACCAAACUACGCUUCCAUUCCAAAGAUAGAUGCAUGUCUGGAAGACUUAGGUAUACAACAACAACAGCUGCAGUUGCAGCAAGAGAAAUUACAAAAACAGAAGGAGAAGCUUGAACAACAACUCCAGGCAGCUUCUUUUGCUAGGUAUAACUUGGCUAAUCAAGCCCAGCCCAUGCUCUUGAAGAAAGACCUUCUGGUGUGCCAGACUACCAAUCCCCAGGCACCUGUUAGCAGGUGUGCAAUAUCCAGGACAUCUUCUCUUCCAUCACAAACUGUUUCUUCAACAUCACAUGACAUCUAUUGUGGCAUCCCUCUGGAGCUGAAGUCUAAACCCACUGCUGUGAAUCUGACUAUGGGCAAAUCUCAUGCUAUGAUGGUGCAGCUGGUGGACAGCACUUCUCAAGGGAAAACAGUUACACAGCUAGUUAAAACAUCAGAACUGCCUAACCAGGAUGUCCUGGACUUGACUGGGCAGAUAAAGGCAGAGACCCAGUUGGCAUGUUGUGAUGUAGUCUACAACUUGCCUUUUGGAGGAAGUUGCAAGGGACCCUUCAGUCAGAAAGUAAUGCUAGAAGAGAAGAUGUCUGCUACAGAUGCCUCACAAACCAGUUAUUCAGCCCAUGCUCUUGAGGUCAGUGGGAACCUCCAGGCAGAGCCUCGUCAAGAAAGUCACCAAUAUCAAGAACAUGCUUCAGUCAACCAAAAUGUAAAUGAAGACAACAAAUCCCAACCUGCAUCUAUAUCUGGACAAUCUGUAUCUGGACCACCUGUAUCUGUAUGUGAACAACCUGAACUGGUAUCUGGACCACCGGUAUCUGUAUCUGGACAACCUGGUUCUGAACCACCUGUAUCUGUAUCUGCACAACCUGGAUCUAUAUGCGCACAACCAUCUUUAUCAAAUACUGAUUUUGUUGAGGCUGGACUCCAAGGUGAUCAUUCUAAAACUAACCCUGGAACAUAUUUAAAUACCAUACAGAAAGAUUACGUAGGAGGUUACCUUGGAGUAGGUGCACAGUAUGGAUCCUACACAGAUCUACGGCAACAAAAUAACAUAGGUCAAUCAUUCCCUAUGCGAAGGUAUGGAUCCAUGUCCAGCAUUAACACAGACUAUGGUUAUUCCACUAUCCCAGAAUCCAGUUUAGCUCAGUAUAGUGCGACCACUGCCCGGGAAAUCAGUCGAAUGUGUGCUGCUUUGAAAUCAAUGGACCAGGUUGGUGGAAGAUAUGGAAAUAAUCCUGAAGUUUUCCAGUAUGGUUCUGUAGCAGGAGGCGGUCCUCUAGGCAGACCCAGCUUACAACAAGGUUUAACAUCAGUGAGAGCUAGCCUAAUUUAUGGUCAUAAUGGGGGGCACCCGGCACAAGGUCAAGUAUAUGCGAAUUUAAUCAAUUCAAAUCAAGCUAGUCUACGAUAUCCCUCAGCUGUUAGAUCUGCAGAUGGCAUGAUUUAUUCUACUAUAAACACCCCAAUCGCUUCCACAUUGCCAAUCACAACCCAGCCUGCCUCAGUUCUAUGUCCCACGCUACAGGGAAUUUACAGACCCUGCACACCUAGCAGUCUGACUUCAGUACCUUUAGCUAGCCUCACCAGGUUACCUCAAGUAACUCCAAGAAUGCCUCUUUCUGCACAGGGACCUUAUCGUUAUCCUCCACCCAGCCGUUUCCCUUCAGGCCCCUGUGCAGCUGCCAAUGCAACACCCCAGAUUCCAAUUUAUCUUGGAAAGCCUUCUAUAAAACCUACAGUGCCCAGUACUAUGCAGACAGCUGAAUCCUUACCACCAGCUCAAUCUAGCCAACAGGUGACACAUCCCGCAUCUAUCAUAGUGUCCACACAACAGCAAUCCCAAUCUCACUUUACGAUGCAAAUUGCCCCAAAGAUUCCAGUGCAACCCCAAACUCAAACACAAUCACAAAUUCAGAUGCAGCCUCAAACACACCAGAACAUCCCCCGGGCUGCACAAGUUACAACAACCAAAACUAGCAACCCAGAAAAAGAGAAAGAGGAAGAGCAGUUGCGUCAAAAGCAGGAACAGCUGUUGCAGUUAGAGCGAGAACAUGUGGAGCUGGAGAAAUUACGUCACUUGCGAUUACAAGAAGAACUUGAAAGAGAUCGUAUGGAGUUACAACGACACAGAGAAAAAGAGCAAUUGUUAGUUCAGCGUGAGAUUCAAGAGCUGCAGAGUAUCAAGCAACAGGUCCUAAAGCAGCAACAUGCUGAAAGAGAAACUCAGUUGGUCUUGCAAAGGGAACAGUUAGCCCAACAGAAAGUGCAACUGGACCAGAUCCAAUCACUGCAGCAACAGCUCCAACAACAUCUUGAGCAGAAGAGACAGAAGACAGCUGAUACAAUUACUCCAGCUGCAGCUACAAGUGCUCAAGGAUUCUCUGUUAUCUGUCCCAUAACUGGCAAUAUAAUUCAGAAAGAUCUCACGCAACCUUAUGCAGAUGGGCAAGGACUGAUCGCUUCCAGACCAUUGCCUAGUUCCACUUCUGAAAUGUCUCUAAAGAAUAAUGAGGAGCUUUUGGAAUCUAUAAAGAAACAAAACUCAAUGCCUCGUUUGAGGGAUAGCGCAGAAGGGGAAGACAAUCAGCUCCUUGUGAAGAGGAUUACUGACAGCUGUGUGCAGACUGAUGAUGAGGAAGGGGAAGAGAGAUCGAUCAUAUCUCGACGGAGAAGAACUAGACAUAUUGUUGAUAGUAGUGUCCAGACAGAUGAGGAGGACCAAGAUGAAUGGGAGCAACCAGUGCGGCGCAGAAGAUCACGCUUUUCCAAGCACUCAAGCUUAGAGUCAAGCUUAGAGAACAAACUUGACACAUCUAAAGUGUCUUCCCUGAAUGUUGCCAUUCAGACUAUAAAUGACUCUUCAUGUCAAACUGAACUAGAGCUUUUGAGAGGAAUCUCUCCUUCAAUUCAUAUAACAUCAGAGCCUAGGGUUGAAUUUUUGCACUACAUUUCUGCCCCAGAGAGGAACCGGCGGGGAGAAAGCCUUGCUUGUCAGACAGAGCCUGAGUCCCAGUCACAAGGGGUGGUUGUACCCCAGGUAAAUGUGUCCUCCACUGUGGAUCCCCUCUCCUUACGAAUAACAGGAACAAGUAAAUUUGAACGCAGAAAGCCAGAUCCCCUAGAAAUAGGUUUCCAGAACGAACCUGUCUCCAGCCUGGUUCGACAGCCUCCUAAGUCACCCCAGGUCUUAUACUCCCCUGUUUCCCCUCUGUCCCCACAUCGACUACUAGAGAAUUCCUUCUCCUCCAGUGAGCGUCUCAACAAAGCUCACGUUCCUCCACAGAAGCACUUUUCAGUUGAUUCUCCAGAACACCACCAGCCUCUGCCCCAUCCUAUAAAGAGCAUGCAGCGUUCUUUGUCAGAUCCUAAACCCAUCAGCCCUACAUCAGAAGAUCCUGCCCAGGCCAAGUUCUCCAUUUACCAGCAUCAAGCUCUCCUGAACAAGCAGCAGAACUUGCCGACAAGGAAGGUGAAAAGGACCCUGCCUAGUCCACCUCCGGAGGAGAGCUCCCUUCCCAUCGUGACCCCUACCCACAAUUCUAUGUUUGCGUCUACGAAUAUGGCCCAAGCAGCACUCAGUGCCCCCAAGCCUGGGCUGCUGAUUGAUCUGAGGGUAGUGGAGCAGGAGUCCAGCAAGCUUCGCAAACAGCAGGCUGAACUAGAAGAGGAAGAGAAGGAGAUCGAUGCCAAGCUGCGUUGCUUGGAACUCGGCAUCACCCAGCGCAAGGAAACUCUGAUAAAGGAGCGGGAGCGGCGAGAGUUAGCCUAUGUCCGCUGCAUGGGUGAAUCCAGGGACUACACACCAGACAGUGAGCUCACUACCCAGCACUUGAGGGGGACACCCUUUGACAACAGUGGCUCACUCACAAGACUUAGUACAGCUUCUUUAAAUCAGUUUACAGCUAAUCAACUGACCCCUGGCUCCUCCUUCCUCAGCUAUGACUACCAGCAGAGCCAACCUGGACCUCCUCCACAAGACUGCCCUGCCUACCAGCAGAGAGGCUUCCAGCCCCCUCAGUACCAGACUGUCUCGCUAGGUCAGCCUCAGCCUGGCACAUUUCAGCCCCAGUCCUCUGCUGCUGUACUCCACCAGUCACACAUCUUCUCCCAGAACCAGGCUUCCUAUCAAACAAGUCUAUUACUACAGCAGAGCCAUACUGGGUUCCAGCCACCUCCUAGUUCUGCAUCUUAUGUAUCACAGACACAUCCAUAUUCUGAGGAGACAGGCCAGGGUAUUUCUCUGCAGCCACAGCCAAAGACCCAGCAUCAGAAGCCUAGACAGACCUCAUUAGCUGACCUUGAACAGAAGAUGCCCACUAACUAUGAAGUCAUUAGCACUCCCACUGUGGCAGUGGCCGCCACAGCUCUAGAAGAUAUCUACAAUUCCGCUUACUCAUCCACAACUAUAUCUAACACUUAUGGGCAAUAUAGGCCACCAGAGCAGAGUCUCUCUGCCGAAAUCCAUUCUCCUGUUAACCCUACACCUGCCUAUUCCUCAGAAGGCCACUAUACAAACCUAGAGCAAAACAUCCCCCGAAAUUAUGUAAUGAUAGAUGACAUCAAUGAGCUCACCAAAGAGAGCAGAGAUAUGUAUAGAACUGAUAGAAAUGGUGGUUAUGGGAACAUGAGCCACUAUGGAAGGGCUGGUGAAAAUCCUGAAGAUCUGUAUGAUCAUCAGGGUAGAGUUAGGGGGGACUACAAUUCACAUGUGGAUGGAUCUUCCUAUUACUAUGAUGACUACAGGUCAUCUUCAUACACGCAUUCUAAGAACAUGACUCCGGCUGUCAUGUCUUCUAAACGUAACAAGCACAGGAAGCCGGGCAUGGAUCAGAUCUCAAAGUUCUCACCGAUUGAAGAAGCGAGGGACGUGGAAUCUGACCUGGCCUCGUAUAACAUGGCCACAUCAAGAGGCAGCAGCAACAUUGCAUCUAGGGCCAGGAGGCUUCAGGAUGAUAUUACAUAUGGACUAAAGAAGAAUGUUUAUGAACAGCAGAAAUAUUAUGGCAAGUCCAGUCAUGAUGGCCUGGAAGAAGACAAUCGCAUGUAUAGUUCUGGAAGGUCAAGGUCAACGGGCUAUGGGAUGGAUAAGAUUGCAUCCCGAGAAUAUGGCAGCUAUAGGAGCAAAUCAUAUGAGAUGAACAUUGAGGAACGUUCCCACAGGGGAAGUCACAGGCGUUCCCAGAAUCUUGAUGAGAGCCCAAUGAAUGAGGCACAAGACCCAACUGGGUCAGAGUCACGUGAUAGGUACAGUCAAUAUGGCUCCAGUCACUCUUUGCCUGAUGUGCAGGACCGCACAACGGACUUGCCGAGAAGCCACAUUUACAAACAAGAUGAUCCUAACCUGGUAGAUGACAUGAAUUGUGCUGUAUCUGAUAGUGAAGCGUAUCAUUUGGGACAGGAGGAGACAGAUUGGUUUGAGAAGCCGCGGGAGAGCCGCUCUGAACGCUCGAGACAUCAUAGCGGCAGUUCCUCAACUCACAGGAGGAGACACUCACAGCAUGAGUACGAUGAACCCCUUGAGAAGGAACCCUUGCCGCAGGAUGACUAUGCUCAGCCGCGUUCUUCUUCAUCUGCAUCACAGGACCACGGGCAACAGGGAAGUAGCUCAAGAAGGCAUUCCACCUCUUCCAGGCACUCAUGUGAUGACCUGCGGUCCUCCAGGUCUUCCAGAGAACACACUAAUGACCCCUCUGUACAUCCAGAAUCUCGGGGGUCACCUUCCACAGCAAAGCGUAGGACUUCGGACUCUAGGUCCACACAGGACCACCCUUCUGAUCAGUCCCAGGAUCCAUCCAGCCACCACCAAGGUUCGCCUGGACCUAGGAGGCAAAAGCAGACAUCUUCGCCAUCAUCAAGAAGACAUGAAAUGCAGCGCAUGGCAUCCACAGAGUCCAAGUCACAGUCUUCCAGUCCAAAGCACCGGGCCUCCAGUGGGCAACAGCCCUCUUCUCAACAGCAAGAAGGACAACAAGGGCAUGGGCAGCAAAAGCCACAGUCCAGGAGAGGGUCAGGGGCAGGAGUUGAGGCUGGGGCCGAGGCUCAGGUCGAGGCUGGGGCUGGUGCUGGGACAGCACAGCACCAGCAGUCCACACCUAGCCAGCCUCCAGCCCAGGCCCUGGCCCAGGUCCCAGCCCAAGCUCCAGCCCCAGCCCAAGCCCAGACCGAGGCCCCUGCCCCGAUCCAGGCCCCGGUCCAGGCCCCAGCUUCAGCUCAGGCCCCAGAUCUUGCCUCAGACCCGGCCCCGGCUGAAGCUGGAGCCCAGGCCCAAGCCCAAGCCCAAGCACAGACUCCAGAGUCAGACCCUACCCCAGACUUGGCCCCAGUCUCGGCUCCCGCCCCAGCCCUGGCCCAAGCCCCAGCUUCAGCCCAAGCACCAAGCCAAGCACAGCAGCCACAAUCUAGCCCCAAACGUACUCCAGUGGCAAAGACAGACCCUACACCUGAUGCUUCUAACCCGGGGAUAAAGCCAACAGGGUCUCAGCUUGCCAAAUCCCAGCCAGUGCCGUCCACAGGCAUAGGUAAGCAGGUGCUCCAGCCAGUGCCGUCCACAGGCAUAGGUUCCAGAGCUGCACCGAAUGCUGUGGGGCCAGCCAGUGCUGCAGCUGCCGGACAACCAGCCGCUGAAGGCGACAACGUCUUUUCCAAAAUCCUGCCAGGAGGUGCAGCUGAACAAGCCGGCAAACUGGGUGAUGCCAUGUCAGCUAUUGGCAAGAAAUUCACUUCUUUCUGGUGAGCUUCGAAAGGAUCUGGUGAGAGAGAGCGACGCGAGGCUUCGUACUAGAAAAACCUAUGAUCCCACCUUCACCGCCCCCCCAUCCAAGAAAGGCAGGCGGGGGCAGCAACUCCCAAGCAGUGUGA